AUGAUCGCUGCUGUAAAUUUAGUGGUUACGCAAAAAAAUCAUUUGCCAUGUUUUCCACAUACUAUUAAUUUGGUGGUUGAAGCGGGGUUGAAAAAAUAUGUCAUCAAAACUGUAAUAUCGAAAGUGAGAGCAAUUGUAAAAUGGGUAAAAAAUAGCGUGAUCAAUUCGGACAAAUUGAGAAAAAUUCAAAUGCGCAAUGGAGUUUCAGAAGGAUCGACAAAAAAGCUUAUAUUAGACGUAAGCACGAGAUGGAACUCGGUAUACUACAUGCUCGAGCGUUUUGUAGAGCUGACGAAAGUUUGUUCUGAGCUUUUACUCGAAGAUUACGCAAGUCCCGAAAUGCCCACGGCAUCUGAAAUUGAAAUAAUAAAACAGUUAAGUUCUUUAUUAAAACCAUUCGAAUUUGUCACUAAAGAAUCUUCGGGGGAAGCAGCCAAUAGGAGGUUCGGUAACAUUGAAUAUAAUACACAUGCAGCAAUUGCAACAUUGCUUGAUCCACGAUUCAAAAACAUCCAUUUUCAAAAUGGUAUAGCAUGUUCGAAAGCCAUUCAAAAACUCAGAGAUUUAAUAAAACAAGAUAAUUAUAAUACGAGCAGCGAGUCGGAAACGGAAGAAAUCUCUAGUGGGAAAACUGAUUACGACUUUUGGCAUCACCAUCUAGAAUUGGUCAUGAGUCAGAAACGACGAAAAACUGAUAAAGGUGACCAAUUGUCAAUGUACCUGUCCUAG